GCGCUUUUAUGGUGAAUAUUCGAGAUAGGCCCAAUGAUAGCUUAAUUUCGCUCGGCGAAACGCGUAACAAUGCCACCCCUCAGCAAAAAGGCAUUGAAGGAGUUAAAAGCACGGGAGGCAUGCCCUGUAGACCAAACGGAUUGCCUCGGAUGCAACGGCUCAGGAAUCGGUACUGGUGGGGGACUGACCGAAGACAUCAGCGACGAGGAUUGCUUCUCGCAAGCAAGCGUCGGCUGCAGUAGUCACUCUGAUAGGGACGUGGGUAGUGAGCUGCGUGCUGUUCACAACAUGGUCGUGGAGAUGCUGGGGCUGGACGAUAACAAGCGUGCCGGACCGGAGAAGGUGGAAUGUGCCAGGCGUCGUCUCAGGGAGGCGAUCGAUGCUGAGCAUAACUACGAACUUCAGCAGCAAUGCCGCCGCUUGUGUGGCGACCGCGAAUCCCUGCAAGAGAAAAACAUCGUUAUUUUUGGCAUCAGCAUUCAGGCGCACGAGUGGCUAGACUGCUUCACGCUAAGGAGGCAAGACAGUGGAUCAUUUGAAGAAAAGUUCGGCCUUCGCACGCGCAUCACAAUUUUCCAAGACGUCGGGGAGCCAACCCCUAAGAAGCCUAAGGAUGGAUCCCCGACGGCAGCGCCUGCACCCACGGCCUUCCAGCCACGAAGUGAUCCAGCAGUUGGAGGCAACCGCGGCGCAACUGUGAAAGGUGGAAAAAGGGAGGAGGAGGAGGACGAGGAGGAGGACGAGCUGUCUAGAGGAGGCGCCGUGGCGCCGAACAGUGCAAAAGCCAACAAGGCUGCAUCUAAUGCCCUCCAGGACAACGUGCGCAGCCGCCUUUUGGAGAUCGGCAUCAUCAAAGCGUUUGACGGUGUGGUCGUCAAGACCGUCAGUCCGAAGGAAAUUGUGAUCAAGACACGCGACGAAUCUGCAGGGCGCAAGGUGGAUGACGCAAAUGAGGGGCCGGUCAGGGAUGAUGAUGAUGAUGAGUCAGACAGCGACAAUGGCAGCUGCGUCGCCUCACCCAAGAAACUCGCGCGCUGGGCCAUUGCCGGUGACCUUCAAGACGUCACCUACCGCCGCCAAGCCGCCGCCGCCGAGUCUCUAGGCACCUUCUUCUCCAAGAAGGAUAUCUCCCCUGCCACCGGCCGUGCCGUACGACGCGAUGAGGAGGUCCGACUGCGCAAGGUUAUCUUGAGCGACCCGGAGCGCAGUGAGGAUCAGUUGUUCGCGCGCAGUGCUGCAGCCCAGGGUGUUGAGUGGCUGGGCGAGGAAUUCCAGGCGGAGCUGCAUGGGGUGCUGGCGUCGCCGCGACUGGGGUUGAAUGGGGAGCAGCUGAGCGUGCUGAAGCAGGCGGCGGGACGCUCGCUGACGCUCAUGCAGGGGCCUCCCGGCACGGGCAAGACCUACGCGCUUGCCGCCAUGGCUGCGGCGCUGUGCCAGGUAUUCCACGACCCCAACGGCACCGGCGACUGGGACUGCGGCGACCGGGAGUUCGAGCUGCCCAGCACCAAAAGCAUGGAGGACUGGAAUCAGGAGGAGGUAACCCGCUGGAUCAAUUCCUUCCGAGAUCCCGAGCUGGUGGCGCGCGCGUUGGAGGGCAUGCGGGGCCACACCGGAAGAGCCGUCGUGGACCACAAAACCAAACGCCUGCGCCACCUCCUCACGCGCAGCAGCUCCUCCUCCUCCUCCUGCUCCUCGUACGACGACGAUGACAGCCCCGAAGAGCUCGAGCGCGCCAAGCGCUACGCCGAGGACUUCAAGCGCCUGCGGGACGCAGCGCUGCAGCUAAUCUUCCAGUGCCAGCAGAAGGGCGGGCGGUGGACCACGGGGUUCUGGCGCACCGCGGAUCGCGACAUGCGCAUCAUCAUGUGUGCCGACACCAACACCGCCGCUAACCGGCUGCUGGAGCAGCUGGUGGGGCUGCUGCCGCCAGAGUCCUCGUACAGCAUCGUACGCAUGGGCGUUAUGGAUGAGCUGGCUGACGGCGAUGGCUCCGAAAGCCAUUUAGCGGCGAAGAAGUAUCACAUCGACAGCCGCCGCCGCAACCACCCAUUGGAGCAGGCCAGCCAAAGGAUAUACAGCGCAAUCAAGGAGCACAAGUUCUCCAACAAGCUUGCAGCCGAGCUGACGGAUGACAUCUUGGCGUUUGCUGAGCGCAAGCGUAUUGAGGCGGACAAGCAAUCCCACCGAGUGCUAGUCCAGAAGUGCUGGAAAGAGUUGGCGACUAAGGUCAAAACCGACAUCAGUCCGCGGGCGGAGAGCCUGAUCAGGCAGCGCCUGCGUGCCAAGACGCGCAUGGAGAGGGAGGAUGCUGAGAAGGACCUGAUGAAAUUCGUGAAGGAGCUGCGGGAGAUCGCUCUGCACGACAUCUUGAUCGCCGUACAGGUGGUGGUUGGCACUAACACCAGCAUUGGCGAAGCACGAGACAUCUGCAAGAAAAACAAUCUUUCCUUUCCAAUCGUGCUCAUGGACGAGGCGGGACAGUCUUCCGAGCCCUCGUCCAACAUCUCUCUGACGCUGGGUGCGGAGUGGGUGCUGAUGGGCGGCGACCUGGAGCAGCUGCCGCCCACCCUGAAUACGGAUGUGGCCAGGAAGGUGCUGGGCUUCUACACAGAGACAGCCGCCUCGCAGUACGGCAGGUUCGCCAGCCUGGACGUGCUGGAGCUGUCCCUGUCCCGCCAGUACCGCAUGCACCCCGCCAUACGGGACUUCCCCAGCCGCUGCUUCUACGACAACAAGCUGUUCGAGGACCCGCAGCGCCCGCCCGACAUGCGCGUGCCGCAGCCACGCCUUCACGGCUGCAACUUCAAGUGGCCAUCCGAGAAGCAAGGCCGGGGCGAGUACCCGCUGGCCUUCUUUGAUGUGCCGUACGGUGUGGAGCAGCAGGAGAACAUGUCGUACUUUAACGAGGAGGAGGCCAGCCUGGCCAUGCAGCUGAUGAUGGCUUUCGCGUGCGACCCCACUGUGCAGAGCAUCAUCAUCAUCACGCCGUACAAGAUGCAGGCGACCUACAUCAACAAGCGCCUGGACGCAGCACGCGGCUUCCUCAGCCUGCUGCGCAAGCAGGGCAAGUUCCACGCCUCCACCGUUAAGGCCGCCACCGUGGACGGAUUCCAGGGCCACGAGGCGGACGUCGUGAUCAUCACCACGGUCCGCAACAACGGCGCCGGCUGGCUGGGCCACGUGGCGGACGAGCGGCGCCUGAAUGUGGCCGUCACGCGGGCGCGGCGGGCGCUGCUGCUGGUGGGCAGUAUCCGGACGCUGAAGUCGGCGCUGGCGGGUUGCGCUGGCAAGGGCGGCCCCCGCUACGCGAACUACUGGCCCCGGCUGAUCGAGCACAUCAGGAGCCGAGGUGAUGCCGUGGUGGAGGGGCCGGCGACGAAUGAGUACAUCUCCCUCAUGGCAGCGCUGCCCACAGCGAUGGCAUGCACGCACCUGGACUUCAAGAAGAUGGAGCUCAUCGCCUCCGCCGGCACCCUGCUGCAGCUCAUAGAGCCCUCGCUGGACCGCCAGCUACUCAACCGGGGCCGCUCCAAGCGCGCGCCGGGAAAGGCCAGGAAAGCACCCAAGCGAGGAGGAGCCGCCGCCGUACAGCCGCCUUCGCAGCAGGUGUAGGAGCAGGAGCAUUAGGAGCAGGGGAAGCAGCAGCAGGAGUAGCAGCAGCAGCAGUAGCGGUCGGACGCUCGUUGGCAACUCCACCCGCCGAGGUACAAACGGGUUCAACAGUAACAGUUGUCAAGUUGCAGGAGAGCAGCUUAGGAUUCCUUGUUUUGACUGGCUUCAGUGUCCGUUACCAUGGUGUCGUAACUACGAUCAUGAGGUUAUUAAGAUCGUGACGGUUAUUGAGAUGUGUCGACAUUGCAGUGAUGUGAUAAAGGUAAGAGCACCAGCAGAUGUGUGUAAGAAGGUCAGAAUGCGUUCAUAGUACAAUUUUCUGCGAAAAUAAAGCGCUUCUGUCAGCUAGCGUUAUCAGGUUUCUCUCUCUUGUUAUCGUCCAAGCAAUUGUUUAUUUAUCCUCGGACGUGUGUCGUACUGUUAGACGACACACAGGCAGCUUCGAUGCAGUGCAGGUUAAUCAUGUGAUGCAACCAUAAGCCUUGUACGGCAUGCAGGAUGACUGUUGCGGGUUGGCCAGGAUCCAUGUAUAACUUGACCUCGCUCAUAGUUUUUGUGCAGGAAAGGCGUGUAUUGGACUGGUGAAGGUGGCGCGUAAUGUGUAGUUGACGUACGUGCGUGUGGCUGGAAUUAGCCACCGCGUCGCUAUCGCUCAGUAUUUGGUGCCGAUUGGGCGCCAUGUGCAAUAAACCAAUAAUAGGACGGGCCUAGAAUGGGCGCGGUGGGUCUGCGGCAGCUGUAUGCGUUCACAUCAGCUGGCCGCAACAUGUUUUGUGUGUGUGAGGCUGGGUGUGAGCGGCGUGCAGGAGGUUAGCCACUAGCAUGGUAGGGCAUGCACGUGUUCAUGUGUAUAGCAAUCCAUUAACGUAAUGCGCGUUCACAGAAGAAUUGCGUGCUGCUGGACAAGCAAGCCUGGACUGCCUGAAGCAGCUAAAGAACAUGUACGACAUGUUGUGCCAUGAGAGCACUGUAACUGAGGGGC